AUGGUAGGACGAGGUACAACAAACAGGAUUCCCCUGCGCCGUUCCCGUUCCUUCCUCGCUGGCCUGUGCUUCCCAGUAUCUAGGGUCCACCGGCAACUCUGCAAGUGGAGUUACUCUGACCGCGUGAAUGCUCUCGCCCCAGUGUACCUGGCUGCUGUGCUGCAAUAUUUGUCAUUGGAGAUCCUGCAUUUAGCUGUUCAUGCUGCCAGGAACAAGACGCGCAUAUUCCCGCGUCACAUCCUUUACGCCUUGCGCAAUGACACUGACCUGGGAACUCUGACCGGUCCGGUAAUCAUCGCUCACAGCUUGCUGUACAAGAAGAAGCAACAGUCUGUUUAUUUAAACAACAAGAGCUAUCCCGUGAAGACUGCACAAAAACAGCCUUGCGGAGGGGAGAUCUGUGCCAUAAAACUGCACAGAAUGCCACGCAAUUAUCUUCAGUAG